AUGUCAAAACAACAUCAGUUCAAGCUUGUCUUACUCGGAGAGUCGGCCGUUGGGAAGUCAAGUCUGGUACUGCGUUUUGUGAAGGACCAGUUCGAUGAUUACCGGGAGAGCACUAUUGGGGCUGCGUUCUUGACACAGACGGUAACGUUGGAUGACCAGACCACGGUCAAAUUUGAGAUAUGGGAUACUGCUGGUCAAGAACGAUACAAGUCUCUCGCACCAAUGUACUAUCGCAAUGCGAACUGCGCUGUCGUAGUGUACGACAUCACACAGGCAGCAUCACUGGAGAAGGCUCGGUCAUGGAUCCGUGAACUCCAGCGCCAAGCGGACCCAUCUAUCGUGAUCACUCUCUGCGGUAACAAGUCCGAUCUUUCUGCGCGACGUCAGGUCUCAGAAGAAGAAGCGAAGAAGUACGCCGAGGAAGAGGGCUUGAUGUGGGGCGAGACGAGUGCGAAGACCGGUGAAGGCGUCACAGAGAUAUUCACUGCAAUUGCCAAGAAAUUGCCAUUGACAGUGGCUCCAUCUGCAAGAGGAGCCAGACCAGGAGCACCGGGCAGAGCAGGAGUCGAUCUCAAUAGGCAGGCAAAUACCACGCCGGGUCAGGGGGAGCAGUGCAAUUGCUGA